ACGACUAGUCCUAUUAAAAGAUGACGUUACAAGAUAUUUCCUGGCAUCCCGAUUUCUAUAACACCCCAGGGAUGAGUGGCUCACGGUAAGAAAACGUAAUAAUCCUACACCUCAACAUCUGCUCGGAGAUAACACACCUUCGGACUUUGCUCUGACAAAGUUCAGUGCCCUUUGACCCCACAGCACUACAGCACAACAGAUCGUGUACACGUUGGAAAUGGCCCAGAACUGCGCCAAGAAUCGGCCAAAUCUCACCGUCUGAUGAUCUCGAGGAGGUUGCAGGACCACGCUCCAGUAGUAGUUAUAUUGAACAGACUGAGGCCUCCCCAUGCGAGCCCGGCGGGUGCACGAGCGGCCCCCGGACGGCGGGUGGGGAUGGAUGAUCCUCCUCAGCAACUUCGUCAUGUGCGCAUGCGUCUUCGGCGUGCAGAAGUCCUUCGGCGUGUUCUUCGUGGAGUUUCGGGAGUACUUCGGGGAGAGUUCGGGCGGGACGGCCUGGAUCAACUCCAUCAUGUCGGCUGUGGCGCACGGCGGAGGCGCCCUUGCGGUCCCCCUGAGUGUGCGGUUCGGCACCCGGCCGGUAGUGAUGGUGGGAGGGGUGCUGUCCUGUCUGGGUCUCGUCCUCAGCACGUUCGCCAACAGCAUCCUGUACCUGUACUUCAGUCUGGGCGUGCUGACGGGCCUGUCUUACGCCAUGGUUUUCGCGCCGUCCGUGGCCAUGCUAGGCCGUUAUUUCGACAAGCGGCGCGCCUUGGUGAACGGGAUCGCGCUGUCCGGCAGCGGAGCCACCUUCGCACUGGCACCAGUCUGUCAGCUACUGGAACAGACAUACGGCUGGAGAGGGGCGCUGCUGCUGCUGGGGGGAGUGACCUUGAACCUGUGCGUCAGCGGGGCCUUGCUUCGGCCCAUCGUUCUAGCAGCAGACGUGGUAUCCCGUGAUCCUUCGCCUCACACUCUAAUCGAACCCGGUGAGCAACUGUCGAUCGGAACGUCCAGCAAACGCACUCAUCAUCACGAAAAUGAUGUCGAAAGAAGCAAUACCAAACAUGAAAGCAAACGAGAAAGUUUCUCCCGCCUAACACAUCGUAAACAUUUCGACGUCAGCCUUCUAAAACAGCGGAGGUUUCUGCUGUUUGCGAGCGCGGAUCUCCUGUCGUCCUUCAGCUACCUCAUCCCGUAUGUUCACGUGGUGCCCUGCGCGAGAUAUCGCGGAAUCGACGAGACCAAGGCGCCAUUUCUCCUCUCAGUCGCCGGCAUCACCGAGGUGCUAGCGCGGGUGUUUUCCGGUUGGUUCUCCGACCUGAAAAUCAUCAGCAAACUCCACGUUUAUAUGAUGUUCAUAGCGUUGAACGCCUUAGCUUGCUUCCUGUUUCCGCUGGCGACGUCAUAUCCGGCGUUACUGGCCUACAGCGUUGCCAUGGGAACGUGUACAGGUGGUUUCCGUGCCCUGAUCAUGCCAUUGGUCGCCGAUACGGUGGGGGUGGUCAGGAUGCCGAACGCCUUUGGGCUCACCCUGGUCUGCGAGGGAGUCGGAAUUCUGCUGGGGCCUCCCGUGGCAGGUUGGCUGUAUGACGCUACAGAAAACUACAACUCGUCGUUCUUCGUGGCUGGGGGCUGCUUUGUCGCGAGUCUCGUACCUCUUUGUGGACUGUCCUACAUCAACCGUACACUCCAGAGGGAUAGCGUUAUUGCAACUCCUAUAGAACAGGAAAAUGAACCUUCUGAUGUUCUGUGUGGUUCUACUCCCUUAGUGGAACGCGAAACAUCUUUUUAGCAGUUUAUUAUUUCACGUAAUAAAAUGCUUGUAACACUAAAUUUUUUGCAUCAUCUCCAACAAUAGGGUAUCAUUCAACGUGCGGUUUGUGUCAAUGGACACUCUUCUUAUGAUAUUGAACAUCGAGCCAUAAAAACAGCUAACUUCAAGUUAGAUUGCGCCACUAUUCUAAGAAAACAAAAUUAAGGUGUAGUUCAGUGCCAUUAAUGAAAUGCGAAACAUCUUUUAGUCGUUGGAAUUAUUUUGCACUCUCUACCAGGAGUUAGCCGACCAAAUAUUGACCAUCUGCAACCAAUUGCAAAGGACUAUUCAUCGGGAGUUCAUCGCUAACUCUACGGUGCUGGGAGUGUAGCCAGCCCGGACAGUUCAUUUAGCGCAAGCUGGGGAAUAUUUUUACGGGGCUGGGCACAAGUUACAGCACUCCCUUGGAAAGGCCAGACAAAAAUACAGACUGCCAGAAACAGACCACUGCCAAAAAAAAUUCUUAGUAGACUUGGCCCGCCAAAACACCCCUAAGUCCCCUAAUAGAGAAUGGGGACCAGGUUAUCAACGGAUAAAUCUGAACUUCAGUAACCGGCUAUUGACUUUGGGGUCUAUGCCUAUGAUUUUUUUAGCACGCCAAGAGAUCUUGUCAAGACUGAUCAUUUCACUUAUUAAAGUGCUUGUGACAGAAGAAUACAAAUUUUCGUAUCAUAAUCAGAAAUAAUAGUUUUAUUUAAUGCGUAUCACCAGUUACACCAAAUCAACA